GUGAAUACUGUAUAGCCAUGAUUUGUUUUUGCUGCGGCAAAGACAAAUUGUCCAAGGAGUUCCCAGACGAGCAUCUGACGGACAAAUGUUCUGAACAUCCAUUGCUGCAUUGUCUGAGAUGUUUGACAGCAUCAGUGCGAGAUAAUCAAAAGUGUUCCCAAUGUGACGCACAAAUUGCGGUAGACGACCCUAAGUACAAGCAAUACGUUCAAACUUUGGAGUUUCUCUUCCCCACAAUUGAUGCUGGUGAAGAAUUCAACGCCGGUACUCAGUCCCAUGGCCUCGCUGGUUCGAUGUCUCACAUUGUUAUAACCACUCUUUCUGGUGACAGCACGACUCGUGUUUAUAACCCUGAUCAAACUAUUCGCAGUUUGAAAGAUGUGGUGGAGAAAGAAUUGAAAACCCCUUGCAACAAGCAAUGCUUGCUGUACAACGAUACUGAGUUGAAGCCAAGAGGGAAAAAUAACGAAGUUCUCAAGUUAAAAGAUUACAACGUUCCUCCCAACAGCACAAUAUACCUUCUCGUCCUGUUGUAUGCGAUACCAGAUGGAUUUGAUCAUGUCAUCUUUGAUCUCUUCUGGGGAUAUCCAUCAAGAGGGCGCGACUACCUGGACGCUUCUGUAUUGCUUUAUAGAGGCUCUACAUUUGUAGAGGUAGUUGAUUAUUGCCACAGGCAAAGUAAAUCCUGCUCGGCUGUCAGACAUUCCGGCGAUGUGAUGGAUGAUGCCAAGCGAUUGGGUCAUCACACCAUAAAUGUGUCAAUUAAAUCAAUACCAGCUCAUAUCAAUAAGCUGGUGUUCACCUUGAGCGCUUGGAGUUCUCCAAAUAUUUCCAAAUAUCCUAAUCCAAGCCUACGAUUCUUCGAUGCGAAGUCUCCUAACAAACAACUGUGCGACGAUAAAAUGAGUCAUGCUGCCUAUUCUCAAGCAAUCAUCAUGUGUUGUUUGACCAACAGAGGAAGUGGAUGGCAGGUGUUCAGUUUAAAAAACUUGUCCGCGGGGAAUGCUAGAAACUAUAGUCCUCUGCAAAACACUAUUGUAGGCCUUAUAGGUAAAGGAUACAUAUAACACGCAGAUACACUAAUGACACUCAAAAUUAACCUAAGUAGAAAAGUAGUUAAAUGCUUAAGGUAGAGGGAUAGCAUGCAUGCUUGGAGAAAAUUGUCACUCAAUACGUUUACGUACGUUAAUUGGCACGUAGGCGACUUGUUGCGCUAAGUCGACUUUGUUCAAUGUUAACUAAAUUGUCUUCCCUUAUCGCGGUGUGAAGCGUCUACCCGCAUAAUUAUUAUAGUUAAUACA